ACUAUGAAGUGCCGCCGUCGUUGGUGCCUCGUGCCACUGCUACUGCUGCUUGGCUGCAUCGCGGCCGAACCCCAACCUCAGAGGGGCAAUGCCCGGCCGGGCCAACCCGGACGACAAACCGAGCCACCGACUACCAUCGUCAGGCUGCCUGCUCAGGGUGUACUCGUCGGACGCGAGGUGUUCCUGAGCCGCACGCAGCGAGUGAUUCAAUUUCUGGGCAUCCCGUACGCCCAGCCACCGAAAGGAGAUCUGCGCUUCGCGCCGCCGGCCACCUCGCCGCUGCCCUCGUGGACGGGACAGCGAAACGCGUCCGUCUUCGGGCCGUCCUGCCCGCAGAUUAACACUCGCAAGAAGCUGCACGAGAGGCUCUUUCGGCGACUGCUGCCGCAGGAUUUGCCCGACCCGGGACUCGACGAGGACUGUCUGUUUCUCAAUAUUUUCAAGCCCGAUGGACCCCGGCCAGCAGAGGGAUGGCCGGUGUACGUGUGGUUCCACGCUGGCGACUUCAACAGCGGCACGCCAGCAAUUUGGGAUGCUUCCGUGUUCGUCACCAAGCAGAAGGUGCUGGUCGUGACGGUGGCCUACCGCCUGAACAUCCUCGGGUUCUUCACGACCACGGACUCGGAGGCGCCGGGCAACUACGGCAUGCUGGACCAGAUCGCGGCGCUGGACUGGGUAGGCAGCCACAUCGACAAUUUCGGCGGGACGGCGAACAACGUGGUGAUCUACGGGCACAGCGCCGGGGCCAUCAGCGUGGGCCUGCACAUGAUGAGUCCGCUGAGCCGCGGCAAGUUCUCCAAGGCCAUCGCCAUGAGCGGAGACCCCAUCAACUCCGCGAGGACGCCCCAGGACGAGGCGGCCGUGGUCGAGCAGGUGAGGAGCAAGUUCGGCUGCUACCGCGCGACGGCCGACCUGGUCAGGUGCCUGCGCAACGUGGAGCUGAAGACUCUGAUCCAAGAGUCGGCCUUCAUCGAGACGUGGGGGCCGAUCGUCGACGCGGACAUCAACAACUCGACGGACGGGCCGUUCCUGCCGAGGCACCCGCGCGAGCUGGCCGCCGAGGAGCUGUACGCGGUGCCGCUGAUCAGCGGCUACACCAACAACGAGCAGGCCCUCGCCUACAUCCAGUCGAUCGGCGGCGAGAGCGCGGACGGCCGCCUGGCCAUGAGCCAGUUCGAGGCGAUGAUACGCGAGGAGAGCGGCGCCACGGUGCUGGCGCCCGACGAGAACAGCACCUGCGAGCUGCGGCCCGAGCUGGUGGCCGAGGCGGUGCUGUUCUACUACAGGCCGCAGCCGCCGAGCGGCGACCAGAGGCUCAUUCGCGACCAGUACCUCGCCCUGCAGACCGAGAAGAACUACGCGGCCGGGCUGACGCAGCUGGCCGCCAAGGUCUCCGCUCACCCCUCCGGCGCGCAGGCCUUCGUCUACAGGUUCGACUACCGCUCCAAGACCCCGGCCGUGGUCCGCGACGUGCCCGAGUGGGCGGGCGUGCCGCACCUGUUCGAGCAGCCGUUCGUCUGGGGCCUGCCCUACGCCGCCGGCACGGCCGUCCAGUGGAACAUGGCCGACAAGAAGAUGGCCGACAUCGUGAUGUCGAUGCUCGCGGGCUUCGGGCGCACCGGCAACCCGUCCGUCAACACCAUCAAGUGGGAGCCCUACGAGCAGUCCAGCCCGGGCAUCCUCAUCGUCGAGCGCAACAUCGACAUGAACGAGGCCGGCGUCGUCGACUACAAGGCCCUGGCGUUCUGGAACGACUACUAUCCCGUCGUGCUCGACGCCGCCGUCAACAACUGCUGCAACGCCACCAGCCUGGCCGGGCCUCGCUCGCCAAGGGCCCACGGCCUCGGGCUCGCCGCGCUCGCGGCUCUUGGCUUCGCGUGGAGGAACCUCGCCGACCACGGCCUCGCGUGAGCGCGCCGCCGCGCGCGACGGCUACCGUUGCCUCGACGCGCUGCGAGCCGGACGACACGUGCCGACGCCGAGGACGCGUCCGAUGCUCUCCGAGCCGCCCGACGUUUGCGCGCUGCCGCGGGGACCGAGAGAGCGAAAGAGCGCGAUG